AUGCCUAAGUUGUGUAAGUAGUUAAUUUUAGUUGCAAUAUAAUCAGAUAUAUUUAACUCGUAUGCCAAUUAUCUUUAGGAUAAUGGCUUGUAUCGUGCGAAUUGCUUAUAUUGCUUGUGUGAAUUCGUCUGAAUUUAAAAUAUUUUUCGAGUCGGAUCGAUACAAGAGUUGGCGCAUGCGUUAAUAUUUCACAGAUUAGGACGCUCCCUUUGAUAUUUACGGCGAGAAGAUCGCAAUGUACAGAGGGGAUAAACGAUUGUAGGAAGAAGGUAAAGAUGUUUGAGUUGUAUGGUAUGAACAAAGGAGGUAUGGUUUAUCGGUCCCCGCCACCAAGGAGAAAAGAAGUUGAUAUAUUAGAGACUUGUUUGCAACUAUCGUCUCCCGAGUUAAUGAGAAAAUUGCCAAACGGUGACGCGGUACACCAUACAAAAGACUCAGUUGUUUCCACUUCCUUCAAUAAAAAUAAAGAUCUACCAAGGGAAAGCAGGCAGAACGUAUUAAGAAAAUGGAUAGUGAUGAUUGGUUUCUUCUUCCUUGGAUGUGCUUUGGUCGCUGGUGUCGGAUUACCUUUAGCUUUAGAAUUACGAAGCUCGCACUUACUGGAAGCUAGGCUUCAAGUUGUACGACGAAUGCUCUCCGAAGUACCUUUAAUCGACGGGCACAAUGAUUUCGCAUGGAAUCUACGGAAGCAUCGAGGGAGCACAAGAUUAAAAGAUUUCCCUUUUGACGAGGACUUGUCGCGAAAUAUAAGUUGGGGCUCUCAAUGGCAAACUGAUUUGGUGCGGUUACGACAAGGUAUCGUGGGCGGCCAAUUCUGGUCCGUUUACGUUCCGUGUGAGGCGCAGUUUCUUGAUGCGGUGCAACUCACCCUGGAACAGAUAGACGUAGUUCGUAGGCUUGCCUCGAAAUAUCCGAAGAAAAUAAAAAUGGUAAUGAACAGCAGGGAGCUCGAAAAAGCGCAUAAAGAUGGCGUGAUUGGGAGUUUAGUAGGGAUCGAGGGUGGCCACAGUAUCGGGACAUCCAUGGCUGUGUUGAGAAGUUUUCAUCAAUUAGGAGCUCGAUAUAUGACCCUCACGGCAGAUUCUUGUUCGGUAGAAGAUUCGAAUUCAGACGCACGAUUGGAUUUUCACAGCGAUGGAUUAUCGGCAUUUGGCAAAGCGGUAGUGAAAGAAUUGAAUCGAUUAGGAAUGCUUGUAGAUUUGUCUCACGUUUCGAUAAGGACUAUGAGGGAUGCAUUGGCGAUAAGUAAAGCGCCAGUGAUCUUUUCUCAUAGUGCAGCCAGAGCUCUCUGUAAUUCGUCCAGUAAUGUUCCAGAUGAUGUACUCCGUAAUUUGUCCACCGAUUGAAUUACCGGAUGUUUCCGGCUAUCCUUUGCUACUAGCUGAAUUGACCAGAGACCGAAGAUGGUCGGCUCUAGAUAUCAAGAAAUUGGUUGGCGGAAAUUUAUUGAGGGUGCUGAAGGAAGUGGAGAAUUAUGCAGCAACAAUGUCGCAUCAAUCUCCGACGGAAGAAUUGAUUCCUCAAGAGUUGAUAGAGGAUACUGCCUACUGUAGAUACCAUGACGCUUAGAAACGUUUCAAUAAUAUCGGUAAUCAUCAAUCUUUGAUUCAUCGAAACAUCAAAUCGCCUGUUCCUUAUCGUUUUCUCUCUCUUUGUACCUGGAUUACUCUGUUUUUUUCAUGUUUUAAUAAAGCAGGCACGGUUCAUCUGGAUCAUCGUUUUUCCUCUAUUCCAUUUGCAUUUCGU